GGGAUCCUAGUACGGCUUGCUUUGCUCGUGAUCCUGAGGGGAUCCUAGUACGGUUUGCUUUGCUUGUGUCCCAGGGGAUCCUAGUACGUCUUGCUUUGCUUGUGGUCCCGGGAAGAGAAAGACUUUCAAGAAAUCCAGAUGUUAUGGAAGGGUGUGAUGAACAAUACCGAAAAGAUUCGGAACAUCAUAUGGAAGCUGCCUUAGAUGAAGGAACCUCAAAAGACGAUCGCUUGUCCACAAACUGUCAAGAAGAAAUGGUGAACAAAUUGGCUCUAAAACAUUCGGAUUCUUCCUCUGCAUCAGAGAAAACUACUUCACAAUCAUCAAUACACCUUUUAGAUCAAAUGAUUCCUCCAAUAAUAGCUCCUGGGAACUUAGAAGUAGCUUCAAAAAUAAGCGAUCAAAGUGCACAAAGAAAUUAUGAAAAUACGAUGCGAGAAGCGAUAGAACGUAAAGAGUACGAUGAGAGAAAACAACAUGAAGAGUUGAAAGCAAAAAAGAAAAAACCCAAAUUGAAAUGGGG